AUGCCUACCUCAAGCUUUAACAAGAAGUUACAUUACUUUAACAUGCCAGAUGAAUUGAAGUGGCCUAGUAAGGAGAGAAAUCAACGGCUCCCAAGGGGUGCACCCAUGAGAACACCACCUGUUUCCGAGCAACCUCGGUUCAAGAACCACAGCAGCAACUCCACAUCCACUGAAGUUGAUAUCAAGUCUAAACCAGCCAAACUAAAGGAGCCUAAUCGGGCUGGUAACCAUGGAUCCAAGGUUUCCUCUUCUAAGGUCCCUUCAGAAGGUGAAAACCCGGUUUCUAAGAACAAGAUGUGUGAGGAUCCAGAAAACGAGAAACCAAAAUUAUUGAUCACGCUUACUAGAGAAGAGAUUGAAGAAGAUUAUCUUGCAAUGACUGGAAAAAAGCUUCCAAGAAACAAGAUGAGGAGGGACAAAAGUAAGCAGAAGGAUCUAGAUGUUAUAUUUCCUGGGGUUUCACUGGAGGGCCGGAAUGCUGAGAAUCUAGCUAAGAAGUAUUAGUGCAUGCAAUAUGUAGUAUUCUUCUUGUUUUGAACUUGAGUGUUAGUUAAAAUAUUUCUCCCAACAUGAAUGCUUGUCCUAGUGGAAAGGAGGGAAUAAGUCAAUAAGCCACAAUUAUGAUUACAGGUUCAAGCCUGAAAACCACUCUUUGCCAGGGUCCUGAAUGGUG